GGCUGGCUUGGAGUUAGCUUUAAAAUUUAUGCUAAAGCAACGUUCGUUUAGUUGGUGUUCAACCUUAGUAACGGAACGGUAACAUUGUGAAUCACAUCAUCAAAACGUGUUCUGUGUGAUUUGCGUGAACAAAGAAUUUUUGGGCAUAAUCUACCGCAAUUUGGUGCAUAUUUUGUUCUCUCUUUUUUUUCCCUUCGUGUCUCGUCGUUCAGUGUGACGAAUACAGAAACAUGCGUCAAACAUUGUUUACAGUUGCGUUGAUUUGUUCAUUUGGGAUUCUGGCCCAUGGCGCUUCAGCUCCACACUGUCCGGAACCCUACGGCGAACAGGCCUACGCUCAUCCAGACAAUUGUGAUCAAUUCUUCUUGUGUACAAACGGUACAUUGACAUUGGAAACAUGCGAAAAUGGUUUGUUGUUCGAUGGAAAGGGUAACGUACACAACCAUUGUAACUACAACUGGGCCGUAGACUGUGGAACCAAAAAAUUCGACCCAAACCCAAUUUCAUCACCAGGAUGUGAAUAUGCUUUCGGUGUCUAUCCAGACAGUGCAGAAUGUUCAACCACUUACUUGAAAUGUGCUUUCGGUGAGCCAUCACAACAUCACUGCGACGAAGGUUUGGCCUACGAUGAACGCAUCCACGGAUGCAACUGGCCAGAUCAACUUCUUCACAUUUGCAAUCCAGAAGCCGUUGUUGGUUUCAAAUGCCCAGUCAAGGUGGACUCAAGCUCACCAUCGGCUCGUUUUUGGCCAUUCCCACGAUACCCACUCCCAGGCGACCAACAUCAUCUUAUCACAUGUGUCGAAGGUCAUCCACGUUUGAUUGCAUGCGGCGAAGGAUCACUCUUCAACGAACACACAUUGACCUGCGAAGAACUUAAAAAAUAAAUUCAAUCUUCAUUCCUGUUGUAUUCAUUGCUUUUACACUUUUUGAUGCGUCCUUUUAAUUUAAUUCAAUUCUUGUGCAAAAAAAAAAUCAAUCAAACAAACAAAAAUAUUCAGCCGUUACCAAUUACCGUUAAACCCAUCGAUUUAGCGCACCUGUAGAGUUUGCUAUGGAAUAAAUAAACGACAGAGAACUUAA